UGGACAUAUUCCACCACGAGAGACUAGGGAACGACAUCCUCAGUUAGCUGUAAUCUGCAAUCAUGUUGAUCUCAGAGUAUCGUAUUGUCAUGCCUGUCUCGGUAGACGAGUACCAGGUGGGACAACUUUUCAGUGUUAUGGAGGCUAGUAAGAACGAAACCGGCGGAGGCGAUGGUGUCGAGAUUAUCAAAAACGAGCCCUUCGAGAACCACAAGGAUUACGGCAGCGGCCAGUACACCUUUAAGAAAUACCAUCUCGCUAGUAAAGUUCCAAAGUUUGUAAAAAUGCUUGCACCAGAGGGCUCUUUAGUACUUGAGGAAGAAGCCUGGAACGCAUUUCCUUACUGCAAGACCGUGUUGAAGAACCCGUCCUACAUGAAAGAUAACUUCUUUAUUGAUGUGUCCACCCACCACUUAGCAGACGCUGGAACCACAGAAAACUGCCACAAGCUAAGUGGGAAACAAUUGAAGUUGAGAAAGGUCGUGAACAUUGAUAUCGCUAUGGAUAAAGUGCCCGCCUCGGAUUAUAAGAAAGAGGAGGAUCCUACAAAAGUGAAGUCGGAGAAGACCGGACGAGGACCCCUAGGAAAAGGCUGGCAGACAAAGGUAGACCCGGUGAUGACAUCAUAUAAGUUGGUCACCUGUGAGUUCAAGUGGUGGGGAUUACAGAAUCGAGUGGAGAAGGUUGUUAUGGACUCAAACGAACGCCUCCACAGAAACUUCCACAGACAACUCUACUGUUGGAUGGACAAGUGGCAUGGAUUAUCCAUGAAAGAUAUCAGAAAGCUGGAGGCACAGGCUAAGGCCGACAUUGACAAGCUAAGAAAAGAAUCCGAGCUGCGUGGCACGAAGGGAGAAGAUGAUGAAUAGUUUGCCCAUCAACCUGUAAUAGACAAUCUGUAGUUGUGGGGCGGUGACUCGUUGAACGCUCACCGCUGACACUAUGUUUGUACUCUCAUUAAAUCUUUGUAUGUACCUGUGUGCACAGUAAAAAUAUAUUGCUA